CGUUGCAUAGAGUUCACAUCACAGCCACAAGCAAGCAUGUAGUCGAAGCUCCGUCAGUUUGACCCAACUCUUGCCGUCUUGGGGCAAAUUGUCAUGAUAUGGGCUUCGCAGCUCCCGACCAUUUCGGCUUGAAGGGCGUUGCGCUUGUGUUGCUGGUCGUCCCUGUCGUUCGCGCCUUUGCGGGGGGCACAGCGCACCGGGACUCGCAAACCAGGGUCCCCUCAUCGGGAUUGAGCAGGUCUGGCGCUGCUGGUGGCCCGAAGGAUCUGGGGGAGCCCCUGACAGCAGGAUGGGGGCUGGCGGGCGAGGGUCCGCAGCACACAGCCGCAGCAACGGAGCCCACACCAACACACCAGCAUCCAAAGCCUCUGCAAGGGAAGGACAGACCGGAGGGUGUGGCUGUGUCUCAGCAUGGGAUGCAAGGCCAGGCCGCAGCCGCCGACACAGUGGUAACGGAGACUGGCGACAUUGAUCCGAUGUCUUUAGAUGCGGAGCGCCGGCGGCGGCUGCGGCAGCAGCAGCAGCAACAGCUUGAUCAGCGGGAGCGCUGGGCUGAGGGGGCAGACCGCGGCAAAGGCGGCGAACCCGGGGGAGGCAGAGGCGGGAACGCAGGCGGCAGAACCGGGGGCGGUGGCAACGGAGGCGGCGGAGGCCGCGCAGACGUGUUCGCACAAGGGCAGGCGCAGGGCGGGGGCGGGGCCAGGGACAGGGGCGGGGGCGGGCCCUCGGUCGUUACAUCAACACGGCUGCGGUACGACUGGCGGCGAGUGGUGGCAGACCUGCAGCCCUUGCUCAUGGCGGCGCUGGGGCCCGAGGUCGCCUACUGGCGGCGCAAGCGGCUCACGUGUGCCGACCUGGCACACACGGCGGCGCAGCUGGCGGCCGCCGCACCAGACAACUUGCGCCUGGUGCUGCUGCGCAAUACGCCCGGGGACAACACAAACACCCACACAAACACAACUAGAGGCACUGGCACGACCCUGCCGGCCCUGUCCUGGCACUUCCUGAUGCCGCCCCUGGGCGCGGCGGCGGCGCCUGCAGCUGUGCGCCUGAACGCCAGCGGUCGUGUGCGGCAUGCCUGGCCGCCGCUGGAGCCGGCGCCGCUGGGGUCGUGCGACUUCUGCCACAAGCAGCUGUCGGUGCUGAGCAGGCGACUCAGUCGCUUCCUGGGCAAGGUCGCAGCGGCCAGUGGUGGCGGCGGUAGUGCCAGUGGUGGCGGCGGUAGCGGCAGGAGCAGCGACAGCAAAGCCGCCCCCGCCGCAGCACUGCCUGACAUGCUGUUUCUGGUGAACGCGGCAGACAACAUGCAGCGCUUCGGCCGCAGCAGCAGGGCGCCGCUGCUGUCACUCAUCAAAUGGUGGCCGUCGUACGAACUGCCCUGGUGGGCGCCCGCCGACACGCCCACCAGCCUGGGGCGCAAGGCGGGCGGUGGCACCAUCCAGCCGCCGCCGCCGCCGGAGGCUGUAGCCGCCGCCGCCUCAAGCAGCAGUGGUAGCAAUAGCAGCAAUAGCAGUAGCAGCCUGGCGGAUGCGGUAGCGGAGGCUGUAGCAGCCUUCUUGAGCCGCCCGGAGCUAGACGACCCCUUGAAACUGCCGGCGCUACAGAGCUGGCUGCGAGGCCACGUCGGCAAGAGUAUGGCCGGCGCCGCGGGCGCGGCGGUGGAGGCGGUGGAGGCGCUUCCUGGCGGCGGUGGCGCCGACGACGACGCUGCGGCAGCCGCGGCGGGCGCGGCGGCGGCGCAGUCCGGAGACAUGGCGGCGGCGGCUGUAGCGGAGCUGGACCGAAUGCGGCAGCGGGGUGAUAUGGAUCUAGAUCUGAUGCUACCCACUAUGGUGGUGGUGCCCCGCGCACUCCACUCCUACCCCUGGUCCGAGGCGAGCGACAAGGCCUUCUUCUCCGGCGCGCCCUUCUGCCCCCGCUACCAUGACGCCCACGGCGGCGACAUCUGCCUUAGGCCCUACCUUGCGGCCCUGGCGGCGCAGCACCCGCAGGACCUGGAGGUGCGCCUGACGGCGCCGUGGCAGGGGCCGCUGGGCGCGGCGCAGGGCCUGGGGCCGCCGGUGCACAUUGACGCGUCUCCGCCCACGCCGCUGCCGGACCACGCCCGCUGGCGCUACCUGCUGGCCGCUGACGGCUACACCGCCUCCAGCCGCCUGGGGGCGCUCCUGGCGGGCAGCAGCGCCGUGCUCAAGAGCAGGUCCCCCUACGUCGAGUGGUACUAUCGGCUGCUGACCCCGGGGGCGCACUACCUGGAGUACUGGACGGGGCGGCUGAACCGGGACGACGUGCUGAGGGCGCUGGCGGCGGCGCGGCAGGCGGCGGCGGCCGACCCGCCCGGCCUGCAGGCGGCGGUGGCGGCCAACCGGGACAUUGCGGCCAGGUACCUGGGCGCUCUGCCCCGACUGGUGUACUCACAGGCGGCGCUGCUGGUGUACCACUCGCUGUGGGGCGCCGACGCGAUGCGGCACUGUGUUUCUGACCUGGAAGCGCACCUGCAAGACCUGGGCAGGCCGCUGGAUCGGAUGGGCGCGGGAGGAGGUGGUGGAUGGGGCGGUGGAGGGGAAGAUGGAGGCAGCGUUGAGGGUGACGAGGAGGACUGAGGCGGGUGGGCGAGGUCAGAGUGAGUUGUAGGAAUGUGUAGCGGCUGAAAUGGGGAUGGGGGCGCUGGGAAUGGGAGGCUGUGGGGGCCGCAGAGGCGGAUUGCUCACCGAGUUCCGGGGGUCCAGAGGGGUACAGCGCGUGCGGCUCGUGUAGGGGCGUGCGAGGCUGCCCCAACGCGGUGGCGGAACUUUGCAUAUGACAAGAUAUGUGGUUGCCAGAGUGUGCUGCGCCGACGCCACGUCUCUAGUCUGAGGCCGCAAGCGUCUACCUCAUCUCUCGG